AUGACAGCUUUCGAUCAAGACGUACAGCAGGCGAGCGCGAGGGGCGGAGCCUACCCGGCGAGAGCGGGGGACGCGCGGUGUGACUGCCCAGGAGAAAGGAAGGCGCUUCAGUUCCGGCUUAGGCCCUUCGCCCUCCUCCCUCGGCCUCCAGCCUCCGGCAGGGCGAGUAGCCGCGGCGCUGGGGCGGCGGCGGCGAAUCUGAAUGCAGUGAGAGAGACCAUGGAGAAAUCUCUGCUUGAGAUUUCAAGAAUUUUGAAUACUGGAUUAGAUAUGGAAACUCUGUCUAUAUGUGUACGGCUCUGUGAACAAGGAAUUAACCCACAAGCUUUAUCAUCAGUUAUUAAGGAACUUCGCAAGGCCGCUGAAGCAUUAAAGGCUGCUGAAAAUAUGACGAGCUGA